AUGUCUUAUAGAAACCCCAAUGUGGAGAAUCCUCAAGACCAAGUGUAUCCUCCAAGGUAUCCACAACAACAAAGACCUCCUUACCAAUCUCAAGGAAGUCAAUUUCAGCCAAGGCAAGGAUAUGAGCAGAGAUCAUCAUAUCCGCCCAAGGAGCCAUAUGCUUCUUCACCAAAUCAAGCUCCUCCAAACCAACAAGGUGGGAGAUUUGAAGGAAUCCUCCAACAGAUCAUGGAUGGCCAGAAGAGAAACAAUAAAGAGAUGUAUGAGAAGAUGGACACUUUGUUCAGCAAUCUCAACACCAAGUAUGAUGCUGUUGCCACUCAUGUGAAGAAACUAGAGACUCAAGUCACUCAAACUAUGGAAGCUGUUAAGAGACAGGAAGCUGAAUCCAAGAAGUCCUUUUGCAACUCAGCCGCCAUAGAAGAAAGAUUUGAAGACCAAGUUCCAGAAUGGAUGCUUUCAAAACCUACUGUUGAUUGCAUGAUUUGGCCUGAAGAGAAUUACCCAGAGAGAGAGUCCAAUCGAGCUAGAAAGAGAAGACUCUUCCCAAAGAUUAUCCCCAAGACAGAUAACUCAGGAAAGUUUGUGUGCCUUGUAUCAUCAAAGAGGAUAGCUGACAAGAUAGGCCUCACCAAGAUAGAGCCAUCAUCCAUCUCCAUCAACUAUGCUGAUUCAUUCUCACAAACCCCCUAUGGCUUUGUGCCUAAUGUGAUGGUGCAGAUUGGAAAUUGCUCUAUCCCUACUGAUUUCCAGAUUGUGGAAAUGAGAGAGAGUAGCCAUAGACCUCUCAUAUUUGGAACCCCUUUCCUGUCUACUGUGGGUGCCAUAUUUGAUUUCCCCAAUCAAAGAAUCUCUUUCAACAAGGUGAACAAGGGUAUGUUCUUCCCUAUGUGUUCAACAAAGAACUCUUUUGUUGACAUGGUCCAAGAGGAGAAAGUUACUUUGAAGCCACCCCAAGAAGGAGAAACUGAAGAAACAAUCAAGGAAGAUCCCAUUCCUAAGCCCAAGCAGCUUGCCAAACAAGCAAGGAGUAAGACUAAGGCCCCUACACCAAAACCGCCCAAGGGAUCAACCAAGAUUGAAGAUGAGGCCAAGCCAAGAAAGAAGGUUAGAAAGCCUAGGUCUGGCCGCAACAUGAAGCUUCUAUUCCCAGAGGAGCUUAUUGAUGAGAAUCUAGAAGGAUUCAAGGAGAAAGUGAUAUACCUCUAUUUUACAUGCUUUUUAUAUGGUUUUACUAUGCUUUUUAUAAGGUUUUUAAUGGCUUUCUGA